CCCUCGUAGCGUCUCAUCGAUAAUUUCAAAUUUGCAUUUGCAAUUCAAACACUCAGAAGGCAAUAAUCAUUCAUAAUGGGUUCCCUUCCACACGUAGUAGAAGACUGCAUGGGCUUCCUCAAGCUCUACAGCGACGGUUCCGUUCACCGUUCAAACAAUUUCAAAUUCCAUGUUUCCCAAAUCCAAGACAACACGGUAUCCUUCAAAGACUGCGUCUUCGACAAAAAAUUCAACCUCUCUCUUCGCCUUUACAAACCCAACACCAACAACAACAACAGUAAUAACAAAAACAAGCUUCCUAUGAUUAUGUUCCUUCACGGAGGAGGAUUCUGUUUCGGCUCACGCACGUGGCCGCAUAUGCAUAACUGUUGUGUACGUCUUGCCACUGGACUCCAAGCGAUGGUUGUCGCGCCGGACUAUCGUCUCGCGCCAGAGCACCGUCUUCCGGCGGCGGUUGAUGACGCUGUUGAGGCGGUGAGGUGGAUUCAGAGGCAAGGGUUGAGCUUAAAAGAGGAGGAGAAUAAUUGUGGAGAGGCGUGGUUGAGGGAUAACGUUGACUUUGACCGUGUGUUUAUAGUGGGUGACUCUUCUGGCGGGAACAUUGCGCAUCAGCUAGCGGUUCGGUUUGGGUCGGAUCGAACCGCUAUUGAACCGGUUCGGAUAAGAGGUUAUGUUCUGUUGGCGCCGUUUUUUGGCGGGGAGGUAAGAACCGAGUCUGAGGAAGGUCCUGCUGAACAAACGUUGAAUCUUGACUUGCUUGACAGAUUUUGGAGGCUAUCUAUGCCUGUUGGAGAGACCAGCAGAGAUAAUCCAUUGGCUAAUCCAUUUGGACCUAAUAGUCCAAAUCUUGAAAAAAUGAAGCUUGAUUCUAUUUUGGUGAUAGUUGGUGGAAAUGAAUUGCUUAAAGAUAGGGCUGCAAACUAUGCUACAAAAUUGAAAGGAAUGGGAAAAGACAUUAAAUACAUUGAAUUUGAAGGGUGUGAACAUGGAUUUUUCACACAUGAUUCAUAUUCAGAAAUUGCAAAAGAAGUUAUCCAUAUCCUUAAACGAUUCAUGCUUAAAUCAUCUACUUAGGAGACUAAUUAAUUAUUAAAGUUUAUAAAUUUUUAGUCUAUGUAUUAAAGUAGUUUGUGAGGUUGAAUUUUGUCAUUAUUUGAGUGGAGUAGUUUGUACUUUGUAGAUGGCAGUUAAUUACCCUUUAAAGUAAUUUGUGGUAUAUAUUUGUCAAUUUGUGGUAUAUAUUUGUCAAUUGUGUAAGUUCUUUUAAUUAGUUU